AUGGGUUCCCUCGCCACCUUCCGGACAAAGUGUCAAGUACAAGUUCAAGUUCAGGGCCAGGCCCGGGGGGGGGGGGGGGGGCGCCAAGCCUUCUCCCGCCGCCUUUGUUCUUGGAGAGAAUCACUCCUAAGUCUCCUCCGGGCGGGGCCCGGCCAACGCCCCCGCCCCGCCCCGUGGUGCCCAACUGGGGCCGCCUCCUCCCGCCCUCGCGGCGCCUGUCCCCUGGUCCCGGCGCCCCCGCUCAGGGCCACCGAAGGGUCUGGGUACUCGGGGAGGGGGGAGGCGCGAUCCGGGUCCGUGGGAGCCUCCCCAGCCCCGCAGUCCCAGCAGCAAACCGAGCGUUGUCGGACGGAUGCUCGCGCGGAGGGCCCCAACCCAGCCAGGUCUGAUGGUUACGGUGUGGACAUGCUGGAUUACAGCAGCGAUGAGGUACCAGGCUCAGACAUGUGACCCAUGUGGCCCAAGUUCACACAGCUGGAAAGCAGCAGAUAGGAAACUCCAGGUCCAUUUCCAGAGCGUCUCUGAGGAAGAACAAGACAGAGAAUUCCUGGUUCAGUCCCUGGAGAAAGUCAACAGGGCAGCGAGUUUCUCUCCCUGGUGCUGCUCUGGAAGGAGGACUCAGUGGUAGAGGUUUAAGGGUGGAGGAGAGGGUGAUGGUGAUGAGGGCAGAUCCGGAGGUGAGGAAAGAGGAUUUUAUUACAAAUGGAACUGGAAGCCAUUCCUGGAAUGUAGACAUUUUGCCCCUGCCACCCAAUCUGCUUCCUAGACUGAGUCGGGGAAUGGUGUGGAUAGAAAUGGCAGUGGGGGACCAGCAAGCCUGUCUUCAGAGCAGAAGGAAGGAAACAAGGAAGGAAUGAGGGAGGGAGGAAGGAAGGAGGUUCAAGGCCUUCAAUUCUGAGCACUUAAAAACGUGUGUAUUUUUUUCUUAUUUCCAUAGUAAUAUAUACCUAUUGAGAAAAACUAGAAAUUUCAGAAAAGCACACGCACAAAAUAUGCCCUGCAGUCCUGCCCCCAGACUUAACGACUAUUAAUGUUUUGGGUGCGAUAAGAAGCUAUACUGAGGCUACAGGGAGCUGAACUGUAGGAAGGGAGAGAGGAAUGUCUAUUUUUUUGUUUAUACCUUUUUCUACUGUUUGAAUUUUUCUCAGGAGAAUGUCAAAUAAAACCGAGUUAAAAUAGCACAUAAUGCAACACUUUUCUAUAUAUUGAGAUUGUGUGCAUUGAUCUCUACGAAAAUAGGGGUCAUGGAGUUCCCGUCGUGGCGCAGUGGAAACGAAUCUGACUAGGAACCAUGAGGUUGUGAGUUCAAUCCCUGGCCUCGCUCAGUGGGUUAAGGAUCCGGUGUUGCCGUGA